UGACUCUUGGUUGUGGGGCUCAUUCCUGCACCAACCACCAUGGCAUGAAGACCAGUUUUUUAGUCAUUUCGUUUUCGUUCCUGAAUUUUCCGUUUCGUUCGGGGGUUAUGGUAACACCCCAUGGGUUGUCUUGUCGUCGAGUGCAACUCGUCUUUGGAUUUUCUGGCUUUUCUUUAUGAUGCUUUGCCAACCUCUGACUAGUUCCGUGCUUGAAACUUUAUCCGGGAUCGACGUUGGGUCAUCACACAGAACACCUUUUUAUUAAGACACAUUCUCUGUCAUGGGAUUGCUAACGAUUUUGAAGAAGAUGAAGCAGAAGGAAAAGGAAGUCCGACUACUAAUGCUUGGUCUGGACAAUGCUGGAAAGACAACAAUUCUCAAGAAAUUCAAUGGAGAAGACAUCAGCACAAUCUCUCCCACUCUGGGCUUCAACAUCAAAACAUUAGAGCACAGAGGCUUCAAGCUUAAUGUUUGGGAUGUUGGGGGUCAGAAGUCACUACGUUCCUAUUGGAGGAACUACUUUGAGAGUACAGAUGGCUUGAUCUGGGUUGUAGACAGUGCAGAUCGGAGGAGACUCUUGGACUGCAAGAAGGAACUUCAUUCCUUGCUACUAGAAGAGAGAUUGGCCGGUGCCACUCUUCUAGUUUUUGCUAAUAAACAGGACCUACCAGGAUCGCUACCAGCAGAGGACAUCAGACAGACAUUAGAGCUUGACAAUAUUAAGACUCACCACUGGCUGAUCAUUGGCUGCAGUGCUGUCACCGGUGAGAAUUUACUGCAAGGUAUUGACUGGUUAGUGUCUGAUAUCGCCUCAAGGAUUUUCACCAUGGAUUGAUGAUGAACCAGCGUGUUUGCUAUUCUUUCAAGAGUAAACGUCAGCCAACUACUGUUCGGAAUCCCAAGUACUUUCCCCAAAUGUUGUCGCUACCAAGUCUGCAGAAUUGGGAACAGGUUUAGAGAUGCUUCUUGACUCUUCCAGAACUGUUGGUGGUGUGAAAUCUCAGGACAUGUGAUCUGGAUUUUAAUCCGUGGAGACUGUAUUGAUUUGCCACAGCCAUAAUACAUUUAAGACAGGUCGGUUUGGCAACAGCUGAGAAGAGACGCUAACCCAGGAAUGAUUGCUUGCAAGCAUUGAAGUCUCCACUACCGACAGCCCUGUUCUGCAAAGACCCACUGGUAGAAUCUUCUUUUUUAGUAGAAUGAGAACUUUUUUGAAACAGCAACUUAAGUCAUCUUGUGAAUGUGUCCAUGUUGGUCCUCUCUGAAUAUAAUUUUUGGUCCAGGCAUAAACAGUAGUUUCACCAGGACAGGUUUAAGGUGUCAAGUAAAACUCGGAGAUGUCAGCUUCCCUUUACCCCAAGGCUCAGUUUGAUGAUAAAAAACAUCAGCUGAGAUAAUUCAGAUGCAAGUUUUACUUGUUAGCAUUAUGUUAGUGGUGUAUAGAAUCAAGAUUAUAGAUAUAAAAUUCCUUAAUUCUUGAAUUAAAGAAAAUUUGAUGAAAACUUGGAAAACUGUGGCAAAUUUCAGUUGGGUGUGUCUGCUUGUACAUAUCAUUGUCGGCCAGUUUUUGUUUUAUAAGUUAUUUUAACUUGUCCUGCCCGAGUUGAUCAAGAUUUGAGUAGGCUAAAGCACACAUCAGCCAGUGUUUUGAUGUUAACAGAAAGGACUUCAGCAAAGAAACGUAUCACCUGUUAUGAUGAAGUUGCAUUCUGCAUUAAAAUUUAUUCUCUGUUUUUUAUUUGCCAGUGUACUCGAUGAAAUGUGCAAUACUUCUUUGGUAUCCUGGUGUAACUAGUGGGUUAGGCAGAGUGAGAGUUCACCAGACUUCAGAUUAAGAAAAAAACAGAAUUGGGUUAAGGAUUGAGGUAGCUGACUGAGGAGAGCGACAGUGUUUUGUGCAUGUGCAAAGACUAGCCUCAUUUCUAAAUUUCUAAACAGUGUUUAAUUUAAGGACAAUACUUUCCCCUUUGUGACAAUAGUGUACUGCUCAAUGUUGCUACAGUAAAAUGUUACUUUUUAUUGAGUUUACAACUUAAAAUUCGGAGAAUAAAACUAGUCAGCAUGACAACCAAGA